GAAGAUGGCGCGCGCUUUCGAAAUAAACAUCAGUCUGGUUUUACUCCAAAGUUGACAGUAAAUCCAGUGAAUUAAAUCAAGUAAUUAAUAAAUUAAAUAUUUAAACAAGUUUUUACUCUUGUAUUUACAUGCGUCAACGAUGGCGGUCACAAGUGGAGUAUCAUUCAUGCUGUCGUCAAUAGUUACCGUAAUUUUAUUUUCCGGAAUGCAAAUGUACAAAAGCUGGCUGACUUCCUCUCAACUGCACACCAUUUUAGGUGGUUAUUUAGGUUCAAUGCUGUUUCUUUUUAUUUUGACAGCCGUAGGAAAUUUAGAAUCUUCAAUAUUUGGGAAAAACUUCCAAUUGAAAUUAUUCCCCGAAGUAUUUAUAUCAUUAUUAUUUUCAAUGACCGCAUCUGGUCUAGUACAUCGAGUGUCGACAACGACUUGCUUCCUCUUCUCUAUGGUCGCACUCUAUUACAUUAACAAAAUAUCUCAAGAAAAUUACGCAGCUCCAAUUACAACAGCUUUGUCGCACACAAAAAAAAAGAAAUAAUUAUAAUAAUCAAUAAUAAAUAUGAAAAAAAAAAAAUUUAA